AUGACCUUGAUGGAGGCAUUCGUUCAUUUGACAGUCAUUGCUGGUGAUAACCUGUCAGGACCCAUUUGCGACGCAUUUAUUGAUGCCAUCUGGGAGGGAGAAAUGCAACUUAAAGUAACUGGAAAUGACGCUGCUAAUGCAAUACGUUACGGCUUGGGCUUUGGUCAGACUGUCAAUGGAACUAUAUCUUUCAUUGAAAUUCAAGAGUUGGCUGUAAUCGAGUGUCUUUGCUACUUUUUGCCCUUUGCACACACUGUCAAAAGUUUAUACCAAAGAAUUGGCUCGUAUCCUAACCCUAACCCUCAAACGGUUGGCUAUUUGGUGGAAUACUUGGUUGCGUUUGCUUUAGUAGCCAACCAUUCUGGUUCUGAUGCUGCCAAUAGUAUCAAGGCAUCCCGAGAUUCUGCAUCCAGCUAUUUACUAUUUGGUGAUUCAGAUCAAGUAUGCUUUCCCGAUCAUAUGUGUGGACCAGAUAUCAUCUACAAGUGUGCCAAUACAAAGACUGUAUACAUUGUCCAAGUCAAAUUUGUCGAGAGAAUGUCAAAACAAAAAGCUGCAAACGCUUACAAUACUACAGAUCCUGAACGCUUUUAUUGCAAACGUAAUGGCGGUGGAGUGUCGGAAGGGUUUGAAGAAAAACGAACUCACCUUCUUAGCACUUUGUCAAAACUACGCAAAUCAGGUUACUCAUUGCAACAGACUCUGGUUAUUCAUACUGCUGAAAAGAACCCUGUUGAUGUUCAAAAUAUGAGAAUCAUCAAUAGUCAAAACUCGCCUCAGUUUUUUGAUGAGAUUGGCAACGGUGUUUGGAGUUUUUUGGAUUCAGUUGGAAAUAACCUUCAAUAAAGUUUCAAGAUGAGAUUG